AGAGAGGGGCUUUCUCACAUUUCCCGAUUUCUCCCAGCCGAGUCCGCCGCGCCGCUACCGCAUCACGGCCGACAGCAAACCGAGACGACGACGUGCACCCAGCGUGCUUUCAAACCCGCGUUCAUUCCAGGCAGCUCUUGUCUCUCGUCUCAAAUCCACUUAAACAAGGUCAGAAGAUUUGAUCCUGAGGGAAUGAUGCUGCUGAGAUGACCUGUGUGGCCUGUCUUUCCGCAAGAGAUUAUUCUCCAAUCAAACGAGUGAGGCAAACUCCAACCUGGAUAUGGUUGACAGCUUCACAUGACAGACAUGUGAUGGAGUCUUCCAUCAUCUUUCUCCCUCAGUGACUUGGCCUGCCAGUCCUUCCUCUGAGACACAAGCGUGUAUCAGCGGUCCAAGGCCCCCCUAUUUCUCUGCCAUGGUGACAUAAGCAGUGCAGCAGCAUGAGGGAGCGCCAACAUGACCGUCUCAUUACCUUCUUCAGUAGCUGCUGCAGCUGCUACCUUAAUGCCAUUUGUGUUUAGCUCCAUAACAAUGGAGACUUUGUUGUGAAUAAUUCCUGCUCGUGUUUUUCUGCCCACGCUGAGAGAGACUGUCCCUGAGGCGUGUUGCUGGGCCGGUGGGGCGGAGCGGUGCGGUGCGAGACGAUGCUGGGAUGCGUGACACGCCUCCGUCGGCUGGUCCGCCUCCUCCCCCUACAGACCUCCCUGCUCCUCCUCUUCCUCUUCUGCACCAUCAGCGUCUUUAUCUUCUCUUACUUCCUCUAUGGCGUCAAGCGGGAGCCGGAGCCGUCUGGAGGAGGCGUGUCCGGGGCCGAGGGAGCUUCCGCAGACUCGGACGACCCAAGGGUCACACCGUCCCGGUUGCUACCUUUGCGGGGCGUCUCUGGGGGCCCCGGGGUGGAACCCGGAGGGGCCAGGACAGAUCCUGUGGUUCUGGUGUUUGUGGAAAGCCAAUAUUCUCAACUGGGGCAGGAGAUCGUGGCCAUCUUGGAGUCUGGCCGGUUCAAGUACCGGACUGAGAUCUCUCCUGGUAAAGGAGACAUGCCCACACUGACAGACAAAGAGAGAGGGCGUUUCACACUUGUGAUUUAUGAGAACAUUCUCAAGUAUGUUAACUUGGACGCCUGGAACCGCGAGCUGUUGGACAAAUACUGUGUGGAGUAUGGAGUGGGCAUCAUUGGCUUCUUCAAGGCCAAUGAAAACAGCCUGCUCAGUGCUCAGCUCAAAGGUUUCCCCCUCUUUCUUCACUCCAACUUGGGUCUGAAGGACUGCACAGUCAACUCUAAGUCCCCACUUCUCUUCAUCACUCGAUCAGGGCAUCCUCUGCCAGGUCCGCUCCCUGGAGAUGACUGGACCGUGUUUCAGUCCAACCACUCCACAUACGAGCCAGUGUUGCUGGCCAAGACCCAAUCAGCAGAGAGUGUUGCAUCGAUGGGGCAGAACGCUGCAAUGCUUCCGUCGGUGGUGCAGGACUUGGGGCUUCAUGAUGGUAUUCAGAGGGUCCUGUUUGGCAACAAUCUGGGCUUCUGGCUGCACAAGCUGGUGUUUGUUGACGCUGUAGCCUUUUUGACUGGGAAGAGGCUCUCGUUGUCCCUGGAGCGCUACAUCCUAGUGGAUGUAGAUGACAUCUUUGUCGGCAAGGAGGGUACCCGCAUGAAGGUGCCUGAUGUAAAGGCCCUGUUGGAGACACAGAGGGAGCUUCGCACCCAUGUGCCCAACUUCACCUUCAAUCUGGGUUUCUCAGGGAAAUUCUUUCACGCCGGAUCUGAUGAAGAAGACCUGGGAGAUGACCUGCUGCUUUCCCAUGUGAAGGAUUUCUGGUGGUUUCCUCACAUGUGGAGCCACAUGCAGCCCCAUCUAUUCCACAACCAGUCCGUGCUGGCCGAGCAGAUGUUGUUAAACAAGAAAUUUGCCAUGGAGCAUGGCAUUCCCACUAACAUGGGCUACGCAGUGGCGCCUCACCAUUCGGGUGUUUAUCCUGUACAUAUGCAGCUGUACGAGGCCUGGAAGAAGGUGUGGGGCAUCAAGGUGACGAGCACAGAGGAAUACCCUCACCUAAAGCCUGCUCGCUUCCGUCGGGGUUUCAUCCACAGCGGCAUCAGCGUGUUGCCCAGGCAGACAUGUGGGCUUUUCACACACACUAUCUUCUAUAAAGACUACCCAGGCAGUCCGAAUGAACUGGACAAGCUCAUCAAUGGAGGAGAACUCUUCCUCACUGUUCUGUUGAACCCUAUCAGUAUCUUUAUGACCCACCUGUCCAACUACGGGAACGACCGCCUUGGCCUGUACACCUUUAAAAGCCUGGUGAUGUUCAUCAAGACGUGGACCAACCUGAAGAUGCAGACCCUGCCACCUAUCCAGCUGGCUCAGAAGUACUUCAGCCUGUUCCCCUCUGAGAGAGAUCCCUUAUGGCAGGACCCUUGUGAGGACAAAAGGCACAAGGACAUCUGGUCCAAGGAGAAAACAUGUGACCGCUUCCCCAAACUUCUUGUCAUCGGGCCUCAGAAGACUGGGACGACGGCUCUCUACUUGUUUCUUGGCAUGCACCCUGACCUGACCAGUAACUACCCCAGCAAGGAGACGUUUGAGGAGAUCCAGUUCUUCAAUGGACACAACUAUCACAGAGGCAUCGACUGGUACAUGGAAUACUUCCCUCUGCCGUCCAACACGAGUUCAGACUACUAUUUUGAGAAGAGUGCCAACUACUUUGACUCUGAGGUGGCUGCUCAGAGGGCUGCAGCUCUUCUGCCCAAAGCCAAAAUCAUCACCAUCCUUAUCAACCCAGCAGAUAGAGCAUACUCUUGGUACCAGCACCAAAGAGCGCAUGACGAUCCUGUGGCAUUGAAAUACUCCUUCCAUGAAGUCAUCACUGCAGGCCGCGAUGCUCCACUCAAACUACGGGUCUUGCAGAAUCGCUGUCUGAUACCAGGCUGGUAUGCCAUCCACCUGGAGCGCUGGCUCAAUUUAUACCACACCAGCCAGUUGUUGGUUUUGGACGGACAGAUGCUGAAGACCGAACCUGCCGCAGUCAUGGAUAAAAUCCAAAAGUUUCUUGGCCUCGCCAACGUUAUCAACUACCACAAGAUCUUAGCGUUUGACCCCAAGAAAGGUUUCUGGUGUCAGCUGCUGGAGGGAGGAAAGACAAAGUGUUUGGGAAAGAGUAAAGGACGCAGGUACCCUGAUAUGGACCCUGAGUCCCAGGAGUUCCUCAGGGAGUACUACAGGGAUCACAACAUUGAGCUGUCGAAGCUGCUCUACAGGAUGGGUCAGUCGCUGCCCAGCUGGCUCCGAGAGGAGCUGGUCCACACCAGGUAGCAGAACCGCAACAGGGGAAGACGACAGCUGCUCGACUCUGCAAGGGCUCCCCAGCCAAGUGGCCUGAUAUGUAGAAGAUCCCAAGUUGUUCUCACAGAUACUGUAAUCUGUGGAAGUUUCAGGAUGGGGAUACAAAACUAGAACUCGAAACCUAACUGUGAUCUUCCAAAACAGGGCCAACCAAGAAUACGGCUGCCCUAAAAGGUUUGUGCGUCACUGACACACUCGUUGUUGCCCUCAAAGGACCUUCAGGGUUUGAUAAUCACAGAUCAAAUUUUAAUCAGACCUCCUAUCAUCACAUAAACUUCUUGCUGGAAAUCCAAGAAAGGAAAGCAAACUUUGAGUUGUCUUUGGUCUCAGUUUUGUAAAACGAGUGUCAGAGAUAUGAACGCUAUCGUGCGUCUCCAGAGGAAAGGUGUGGUGUGGAGCACAUGGCGGUGGGCAACAUGGAACCGACACAAUGGAAGACAGCCUGAAAGACAGAGAAGUAUUGGGAAUCUUGACUCAGGCUGCAUCUUGUAGCCUUACUUGAUAAGCCUUGGUAGAAUCUAGUUAUUGCAUUUACAAGUGCCAGGACAGAAUCUUCAUCAAACGAUCACCACAUGGACUUUUGAAGGUUCUUUUUAUCAUAUUUUUUUUUUUUAUUUGUAUGUUUUGUUUUCUUUUCUCAGAUUUAACAUUUCUGUGUUGCUGAUGGAAAUGCAUAUUUUUUAGAAUGUACCAAAACUAAACAUUUUAGCUGUGUUGUUUUCACAUGAGCAAGAUGUACAGUACGGUUAUUUAUACUGUUUUUUUGGCUCAGCCUGCUCUUUAGUCAGUUUCAUGACCACUGAAUGGGCUAAAGCAGAAACAGUAGGAUAGAUGUUGAAAGCACAAAAGGCACUCAUGUGAGCAUCAAUUCUGAGCGUACAGGUAACUGGAAAGCACACUAACUAAAUGGCUCCUACUACAAUCUGUGAAGAAGAUCAUAAGCUAGCUACUGUAUGUUAAUUGAGCACUCUGAUCAUUUAGAUUCAGAUGGUGUACAGAAGAAGAGUGCAUUUCACAAUCUGUUUUCAGCAUUGGGUUUUCAUCAAAAUUGUAUAUCUUGUUUUAUAUUUUAUUUUAUUUCAUUUACUGGAGGAUUUCAGACUUUGGGAAGGGGUAGAAAAAGUUGGGUAUUGGUUUGAAAAUUAAGUCACAGGAAAACUGACGCCAUACAGAUGUUUGGUUGUCCAUCAAGGUUGUUACCACUGCUACAAGAUGUCAAGCAUAGUUAACAAGAAGCUGCUCUUACCGCAAUAGUUUUGUACAUUGUUCUGAUGUAAUAAUGAUGCACAUGUUGGUUCAUCAUUUCCUGACGUUGUAAUGUACAUAAUGCGAAACCCUCAGUAGACCUAAAUUAUUGAAUGUGCUUGGGUUUACGUCCCAUCAGCCCGUUGUUGUAGUGUGAAACGUCAGUGCUGCACUGAGGGCAGUUUGGAUAAUUUUUCAUCGUGUGGAGGUGUCGAAAAGAGUAUUUCCUCUCAUGUCCUCUCACUGCCAACUGUUGUACAAAAGUACUGAGUCUCUCCAUAUAAAGUAUUACGUGAUAACACAUAACAGCAACGAUGGUACUAAUCUCCUGGACUGUAUGAUAAAUAUUUGUAAUUGUUGUCAAUAAUUUUUACAGUGUAACUAAUAUUGUCGGUGCUUUUUAAUUUGCAAAUAAAACACCACUGUAUUUUUCAGUA